AUGGCGACAGAGAACAAUUAUGUUAAGCCUGCCAUACCUAGAUUCGAUGGUCAUUAUGACCAUUGGUCUAUGCUUAUGGAAAACUUCUUGCGGUCAAAGGAGUAUUGGGGCUUGGUAGAGAGUGGGAUUCCGGUAGUAACAGAUGGAGUUGAACCCAUGGAGGCACAGCGCAAGGCCAUUGAAGACGCAAGAUUGAAAGACCUAAAGGUGAAAAAUUACCUUUUCCAAGCCAUUGACAGAACAAUUAUGGAAACGAUUCUCAUCAAAGAGACAGCCAAGAACAUUUGGGACUCAAUGAGGCAGAAGUACCAAGGUUCUACAAAGGUGAAGAGAGCUCAGCUGCAGGCACUUCGAAGAGAGUUUGAGGUGCUCCAAAUGAAAGAUGGAGAGACGGUCGAUGAAUACUUUGCUCGGACAUUAACCAUUGUCAACAAGAUGAAAGCUCAUGGUGAAAGAAUGGAGCAGCUUGUGAUUGUGGAGAAAAUUCUAAGGUUGAUGCCUGUCAAAUUUAAUUACGUGGUGUGCUCCAUAGAAGAAUCCAACAAUCUCACCACAAUGUCUAUUGAUGAACUACAAAGCAGCCUGCUUGUUCAUGAGCAAAGAAUGCGUAUCCAUACCGGCCAGGAGCAAGCUUUGAAGGUGUCAUAUGAAGACGAAGUUGGAGGACGAGGAAAAUGA